AUGCCUCGGACGCUGUUGGUGUUGUGUGUGAUAUUUAUCAUCAAAAACUGUUACUCUCAAAACCAAAAUAAUUUUCGAAGUGGACCAAAUUCAAAUUCUAACAAUGGAAAAGGAAAUAAUUUUGGACCAGGUGCUCAAGUAAGAAAUAGCCCAACAAGGCAAGGAAAUAACAAUGCAAAACUGUCUGCGCAACAAUUAGGAAUGUUUAAUGCACAAAACAGUGGAAAUACUGGCGAUCAUCCUGGAAACCAACAAGCUCAGCAACCAAGGGGUAACAAAAAUAAUGGACCAAUGUCGACUCCAUUUCAAAACAACGGACCUCCCAACCAGUCUCCAAAUCAAAUAAACAUUGAAAGUUUAAAACUUCAUUUACGUAAAGCUCAAAAUAUGCAACAAAAUUCAGGACGAAAUUCUAAAAUGAAUCAGCCGAAUGGACCCAAUGGAGGCUUUAACCAAAUGAAUCAGCCGAAUGGACCCAAUGGAGGCUUUAACCAAAUGAAUCAGCCGAAUGGACCCAAUGGAAGCGCUAACCAAAUGAAUCAGCCCAAUGGACCCAAUCGAGGCUUUAACCAAAUGAUUAAGCCCAAUGGACCCAAUCAAGGAGCUAAUCAAAUGAAUCAGCCCAAUCAAGGCGCUAACCAAAUGAAUCAGCCCAAUGGACCCAAUCGAGGCUUUAACCAAAUGAUUAAGCCCAAUGGACCCAAUCAAGGAGCUAAUCAAAUGAAUCAGCCCAAUCAAGGCGCUAACCUAAUGAAUCAGCCCAACGGACCCAAUCGAGGCUUUAACCAAAUGAAUCAGCCCAAUGGACCCAACCAAGGCGCUAACCAAAUGAAUCAGCCCAAUCAAGGCUCUAACCAAAUGAAUCAGCCCAACGGACCCAAUCGAGGCUUUAACCAAAUGAAUCAGCCCAAUGGACCCAACCAAGGCGCUAACCAAAUGAAUCAGCCCAAUCAAGGCUCUAACCAAAUGAAUCAGCCCAAUGGACCCAAUCAAGGUGCUAAUCAAAUGAAUCAGCCCAAUGGACCCAAUCGAGGAUUUAACCAAAUGAAUCAGCCCAAUAGACCCAAUCGAGGCUUUAACCAAAUGAAUCAGCCCAAUGGACCCAAUCAAGGCUUUAACCAAAUGAAUCAGCCCAAUGGACCCAAUCUAGGCUUUAACCAAAUGAAUCAGCCCAAUGGACCCAAUGGAGGAUUUAACCAAAUAAAUCAGCCCAAUGGACCCAAUGGAGGCGCUAACCAAAUGAAUCAGCCCAAUGGACCCAAUCGAGGCUUUAACCAAAUGAAUCAGCCCAAUGGACCCAAUCGAGGCGCUAAUCAAAUGAAUCAACCCAAUGGACCCAAUCGAGGCUCUAAUCAAAUGAAUCAGCCCAAUGGACCCAAUCGAGGCUCUAAUCAAAUGAAUCAGCCCAAUGGAUCCAAUCGAGGCUCUAAUCAAAUGAAUCAGCCCAAUGGACCCAAUCGAGGCUCUAAUCAAAUGAAUCAGCCCAAUGGACCCAAUCGAGGCUCUAAUCAAAUGAACCAGGCAAAUGGACCCAAUCGAGGCCUAAACAAUGGGAAUGUCAAUAGUUUCAGUGAGCCCACGGUAUCACAGAAUACUGGAAACGGAAAUGCGAAUAUGAAAAGAAACUUCAGAAACAUGAAAUCGUCUUUCCAAUUCCGUGCCAAUCAAAGGAAUUCAAUUCCAAAUAAUAAUCAAUCACAACAAACCAUGCUAAAAAAUACAACGAAUCGUAAUGCAGCAAACAAAAAGAAAAGUAACAAAGGAAAUAAGAAAAACAUGAAGAAAUCACGUUCAAACAGCGGGAAGAAGAUGACCAAGAAACAGACACAAACAAAUCCAAACAGCGGAAUGAACUCAACGCCAAAGAAAAUAUCCCCAAGAAAAUUCUACUGGAAAACUAUCUUCCCAAGCGGCACUGCGUCAGAAGAAAGCGCUGAAGUAUUGUAUAGCACUAAACUGGUUCUCAUCACUUCAGAGAAUGCACCGACUAUUGACGAAUUCAACAAAGGAGGCAUUCUAAUGGAUUUUAGGAGAGGAAUGAUGGCCAUUCGGAUGGAUGUGAUUCCAGGCACAAACUUCCCGGGAAUGCCGUUUAAUGGACAAAGAGCAUGUUUCCUUAUGAAAAAUAUAACAACAUUUGAUCAGACUGUAAAAGAACUACACAACAGAGGGAAGACAAAGAGAAAUCUGGAGCUUGGAGAGAUGAUGCACAUGGUUGCAACAGUAAAACAACGGUUAGAUGGACCUAGCGUCCGCAAAAGGGGCGGGGUCUUCGUCACCAGGUACUGUCAGGACGCCAUCAACAGCAAUAACGUGUAUCUUUUAUUACCAGAGGCAGCGGUAGAGAUGAAUCCGAAGACAUUCCAGGUGUCAGGUCUUGUCCAUGCAAUGGAGCCACUGUACCCCAUCCCUGUCAAUAUCGGUGUGGAGCUGACGAUAGAUUUUGGACCUCCACCAACCAUGACACCUGCCAUGAACUUUAACCCUUCUACAUCCGGGUGGGGUAGCGGAUGGGGGAACAAUGGCGGUUGGGGUUAA